AUGCAGAAAAUAGAUAAAGGAAAUGAUGAAAUUAAGGCAAUGGAACAACUUCCCAGCUCGGCUUCGAUACCAGAUCUGCCUCAUCGGGCCUCCGAUGAGCACCUGUCUUCUGACGAUUCCCAGAAUGGUGACAAUGUCGAGCAAGGACCAGAGCUGGAGGCGCAGCUCUCCAGAGUCUCGAGCGGUCCACCUUAUAGCGUCUUCAGUCGGAAGAUGAUAUGGUGGAUCAUAGCAAUGAACUGCAUCUCGGCGUUCAUAUCACCGAUAACCGCCAACAUCUACUUCCCAGCUAUACCAGCUAUAGCCGAUGACCUCGGCGUCUCUACGGCGGCGAUCAAUCUGUCACUCACAACAUAUAUGAUCUUCCAGGGACUGUCGCCAACUUUCGUUGGUGAUUUCGGCGAUGCAGCGGGCAGGCGGCCAGCUUUUAUCAUUGCCUUCAUCAUAUAUCUAGGCGCUAAUAUCGGCCUGGCUUUGCAACGCAACUAUGCAGCGCUUCUGAUUCUCAGAUGUUUGCAGAGUGCUGGGAGCAGCGGUACUAUCGCAUUAGUCUUUGGCGUUGUUGCCGAUAUCUCAACAAGCGCCGAGCGUGGAAAGUUUAUGGGAAUAGUCGGUGCAGGGCUGACGAUUGGACCAUCCAUAGGACCAACCAUUGGUGGUCUUCUCACACAGUACCUUGGUUGGCCAUCUGUCUUUUGGUUUUGUACUGUUGUGACUAUCGUCUUUAUAGUCCCAUACGUGCUCACUGUUCCGGAGACUGGACGGAAAGUUGUAGGAAACGGCUCAAUUAAGCCCCAGGUUUGGAAUAUGACUUUGCUGGAUUAUAUCAGAUUCCGGCGGCUCCCCCGAGAUCCGUCCGUGGUUCGUCCAAAACAGAAGAUCCCCAUUCCCAACCCACUCAACACGCUCAGGGUGCUCGGGCACAAGGAUAUGGCAAUGGUGCUCUUCUACAAUGGCAUGCUCUACAUCGGGUUUAUGUUGAUCACGUCGACACUAUCGACGCAGUUUGCCGAUAUUUAUCACUACAACGAACUGGUCCUCGGCUUGUGCUAUCUUCCUAUUGGCUUCGCAACUAUGGCGGCUUCCAUCUGCCAAGGCUUCAUCCUGGACUGGAACUAUCGACGGACGGCAAAGAAACUCGGGUUCAAGAUUGACAAGAAGCGUGGGGACAACCUCAAGGAUUUUCCUAUAGAGAGGGUCAGGAUCCAGGUCAUUGCCCCAUGCAUCUUCCUUGGCUGUGCCGUUUACAUCGGUUAUGCCUGGGCCCUACAAGCUCGUGUGCACGUUGCGGUUCCUCUUGUGCUGUCAUUUUUCAUCGGACUAUUUGUUACGGGCAGUUUCCAGGUGAUUAACACUUUGAUCGUUGACUUGUAUCCCGAAGCACCGGCUACGGCCACGGCUGCCAACAAUCUUGUGAGGUGUCUUUUUGGCGCGGUGGCCACUGCUGUUAUUGAGGAUAUGAUCAAGGGCAUGGGAAGAGGAUGGGCGUUGACCUUGAUCGCAUUGGUCUUCACGGUGCCGUCGCCAAUCUUGUGGGUCGUUCAAAAGCAUGGUCCAACAUGGAGAGAACAGCGAAGAGUGCAGAUGUUGAAGCAGAAGGAGAAGCAGGAGGAGGCUAAAGAGAAGGAGAGUUCGGAGGCUGGGACAGGCAAUGCGGCCAUGAUUGAGCCGUCACCACAUCCUAGCACCAAGGAAUAA